GAUGAAGUAAAAUCCAAGGCAGUAAGACACUAUCUAGGUCGCUUGGAGCACCCUUAAAUGAUAGCUACCCAGAAACCGGAUCAUAGGCGCAAGGAUGGUACGAAUGACGCGUGUACAUCAAAGGUGUAUCGUCAAGACAUAACUCCAGCAACCUGUUAACUCUUUGGGACUUUCUCUGGUCCAUCAGAAGGGAAAGAUCGUCGAUGCUUCUUGCAACCAGCAGGGAAUCCAUCCAGGCCCUGGUCAAAACGAUCUCGAAGCAGGAGAAGGAUAUUGAUAUUAUGGUCAACGACGUGGGCACCGCUACUCAGACGGCCGAUGCAAAGAAAGGAGAGAUGGCUCAGAAGGAUCUAGCGAAGGAGAUGUGGCAGCUCAUGCUGGACGCAUGGCUGGAUACGUACAUCAAGGGCCGCGUUCUUGACCCUCCUCAGCACCGCCUUUGGCCCAGAGCAUACUAGCACUCUCAUCAACGGAUAUUCCAUCUUGGCGAUCACUACCAACUUCCAACACCAGAUCCAAAGCAACGUAUUCAAGG